AAUAAAAUAUUUAUUAUAUUAUUUACAAAAUUACCUAAGUAUAGUCAGAGCGCAAAAUAAUGGUUUGUUUGUUAAAGCGAAAAUUUGAAUUUUUAUGCUUGCAAGAAACGUGCACACUGCCCUUUAGGUUGCCCGUCACAUUUGUUUUUAAUUUUUUACCGUUUGUAAUAAUUUACAAAGAAGGAGCAUGCAGCGUGGUGGCAGAUCUCAGUCCCGUGGCAGGGGCAACAAUCGUCCGCCAGGACUGAGUGGCCGUGAGAUUGGCAUGUAUUACAGAAAUCUCGCGCGGCAACGCAAAAAAGACGCAAAAGACGAGGGACCUAAAAUACGCUUGGGCUGCAAUGUGAGUGCACCAUGCGGCAUUUUAACGCGUGUCCAGGAGUACAUGCAACAAAAACAGCAAAUCGAUGAAGAGCAUUUGGAUGUCAACUUUAAGCGGCAAUUUCACAGCUUGCUGAGCGUUAAUUUCGAGACGUUUAUCGAACAGACGAAGGAACAAUACGAGGACAAUGAGCAACGCAAUGCCAGUUUUGAUGAGCAGCUACAAAAGCAGCUCGAAGAACGUAAUGAAGACUCAGUCUACCAGGCCCGCUAUGCAGCACGCUUGAAGCUGCCUACCAUGUCGCAAGCCAGCGACAUUCUCAAGGCGGUGGCGCAACAUCAAGUGGUGCUCAUUGUGGGCAGCACCGGUUGCGGCAAAACGACGCAAGUACCGCAAAUCCUGCUCGACGCUGACAUUGCCGAGGGCCGCGCCUCUGCAUGUCACAUUGUGUGCACGCAGCCGCGUCGUAUCUCGGCCAUCACAGUGGCCGAACGCGUUAGCUAUGAGCGUGCCGAGCAACUGGGCCAAUCUGUGGGCUAUCAGAUACGACUAGAGAGCCGUAAGCCACGUGAACGCGCCUCCAUCAAGUUCUGUACAACGGGAGUGCUGUUGCAGCAGCUGCAGUCGGAUCCGUUGCUGCAUCAUGUCAGUCAUCUGCUGCUGGACGAGAUACACGAGCGCAGCGUAGAGACGGAUCUGUUGAUGGCUUUGUUGAAAGUCAUACUACCUCAAAGACCCACGCUAAAGGUUAUACUGAUGAGCGCCACAGUGCGUGAGCAAGAUUUCUGUGAUUAUUUCGACAAUUGCCCCAUGUUUCGCAUCGAGGGAGUCAUGCAUCCUGUGCAGAUGCUUUAUCUUGAGGAAGUGCUCGCUUUAACGGGCUAUCAGUUUGCCAAGCGACGCGAGAAACGUGCCCGUGAAAAUCCAGAAUAUCGAGCCAUGAUCGAACCGUAUCUGCGACGCAUUCGUGGCGACUACGAUGAGCGUGUGCUAAACCAACUGCGUCAACCAGAGUCGGAGGGGUGCGAGGAUAUUGAAUUCAUAGCCGAGCUCAUCUAUUACAUUUGCAGCACUCAGGCAGAAGGUGCGAUUCUGGUCUUUAUGCCCGGCUACGACAAGAUUGCCAAAUUGUCCACGUUGCUGGGAAAGUCACAACGUUGGCGCAAUGAAUUGAUCAUUCAACCAUUGCACUCCAUGUUGUCCACCAUGGACCAGCAGGCGGUGUUUCGACGUCCCCCGGCGGGCAAGCGGAAAGUCAUCAUUUCCACCAUCAUAGCCGAGACAUCGGUGACCAUCGAUGAUGUGGUUUAUGUGAUCAACACAGGACGCACCAAGCUGAGUAAUUAUGACACGGAGACGAACAUACAAACGCUGGAGGAAUGCUGGGUCACCCAGGCGAAUACGCAACAGCGUAAGGGGCGUGCAGGACGUGUCCAGCCGGGCAUCUGCUAUAAUCUUUUUAGUCGAGCGCGUGAGCAGCUGAUGGCUGAGAUUCCUACGCCAGAGAUCUUGCGCAGCAAGCUAGAAUCAAUCAUACUCAGCCUAAAACUGUUGCAUAUCGAAAAUCCGUAUGUGUUCCUGCAGACUCUGAUCAAUGCACCCGCCCAGGAAGCCAUCAACAAUGGUGUGGCUCUGCUCAAGCGAAUUGAGGCACUUGAUGCCAACGGACAACUGACGCCACUGGGCAUGCAUCUGGCCAAGAUGCCCAUUGAUCCGCAGAUGGGCAAAAUGAUCUUGAUGUCGGCACUGUUUCGUUGCCUCGAUCCCAUUACCUCGGCUGCCGCUGCUCUCUCAUACAAGAUGCCCUUCUACACGCCCAUGGGACAGGAGCGUCGUGUGGAUGAGGCUAAGCGGCGAUUGUCGAACAACAUGCGCAGUGAUCAUCUCCUAGUGCACAAUGCUAUCGCUGGUUAUCGCGAGAGUCGCUUGGAGCAUCGCGAUCGUGACUUUUGCUUCAACAAUUUCCUCAGCACGAUGACGCUACAACAGCUGGAGCGCAUGAAGCAACAGUUUGCCGAUCUCCUCAACAACUACAAAUUUCUGAGUUCUGCUGAUUGCAGGCAUGAGUCAUCCAACCUCAAUUCGGACAAGAUUCCACUUCUGCGCGCGAUCAUUGGCGGCGGUCUCUACCCCAACAUGGCGCACUUGGGUAAAUCGCGUCAAAUCCGUAAUCAAGUGCGCGCCAUUCAUCACAUGUCCACGGAUGAUGGUCGUCGAGUCAACUUUCAUCCUUCGUCGGUGAACAGCGGCGAAUCCAGUUUCGAUUCCAGCUACUUUGUCUACUUUCAGCGACAGAAAUCAACAGCUUUGUAUCUGCUAGAUGCCACUAUGGUAUUUCCCAUGGCGCUUCUUAUCUUUGGCGAUGGUGUCGAGUCCGGUGUCUAUGACAAUACCCCGUAUAUUUCCGUGGCGAAAGCUUACUAUUUCAAGUGCAAUCCUGAGACUGCUGCAGUAGUGUUGAAGCUACGCGAUUGCCUGGCACGACUGCUCCUCAAGAAGGCCAUGUAUCCAGCACCGAUUGAGGAAAAUAGUGAUGAUCAUAGACUUAUUAAAGCCAUCGAGCUGCUACUGUCGUUAGACGAGAGAAUGGGCGAUGAUUACGAGAUAUCAUCAGAUGAAAUUGAUGAUAUUUAGUUAAAUUAUAUAGCAUGCUUUAAAUGUGAUUACAAAAUUUAAAUGAUGUAGAAUUUGUGUCGCAAGAGUAUUGUAAAUAAAUUAUUGAUAUGAUUUAAUCA